AUCCUGAGGGGAGGUAAUUUGCACGGAUCAAGGGGGCAAGGCGCCGCAAAGUAUAAAUACUGUGACUUCAAUAGAGGAUCACCAGCAGGUUCCCAACUCCGCUCACCAAAGGAGGAGGAGGAAUUGGCUGAGAAGAAGAGCCUACCUUCAUAUAUUUUUUACCUUUUAGCCAGAGUUUGGCUGCAUCACCUUGUGUCGUUUUUCAAGAGGGUCGACUUUAAAACGAGCCACACCAUUGAUGUCUUAAGCUGUCGUGGAGCAAAGGGAGAGAGUGUGUGUGAGUGUGUGGUGUGUGUGUGUGAUUUUUUUUUAAAGAGGAGAGAAGGCAGUGAUGGAAGAGCUCACCGCUUUCGUGUCUAAGUCUUUCGAUCAGAAAGUGAAGGAGAAGAAGGAAGUGAUAACCUACAGGGAGGUGUUGGAGACCGGCUCGACGCGAGCAGGGAGCAGGGAGGCUUUAUCCGCGGAGCCCGGGAGCCGAGAGGAGGCGGCCGCCGUUACCCGGAACGUAGCGCUCUCGCCGGGCAGGGAAACGGACAUGCUCGGCCCGGAAAGGAUCAGGGACGCCGGGAGCCCCAAACUCAUUGACGGCACCACGGACGUGAAGGAAAGGAAAGAGGACUCGAAGCCCAUAGAGGACGAGACACAAACUAAAAUCAAACAGAGGAGAAGUCGGACUAACUUCACAUUAGAGCAGCUCAAUGAGCUGGAGCGGCUCUUCGACGAGACCCACUAUCCGGACGCCUUCAUGCGGGAAGAGCUGAGCCAGCGGCUUGGACUGUCGGAGGCCCGAGUACAGGUUUGGUUCCAGAAUAGAAGAGCCAAAUGCAGAAAGCAGGAGAACCAGUUACAUAAAGGAGUCCUGAUUGGAGCAGCGAAUCAGUUUGAAGCUUGUCGUGUAGCGCCAUAUGUCAACGUGGGGGCUUUACGGAUGCCAUUCCAACAGGAUAGUCAUUGCAACGUGCCGCCCUUCUCCUUUCAGGUGCAGGCGCAGCUGCAGCUGGACAGCGCCGUGGCGCACGCGCAGCACCACCUGCACUCUCACCUGGCCGCGCACGCGCCCUACAUGAUGUUCCCCGCGCCGCCGUUCGGCCUCCCGCUGGCCACGCUCGCGGCCGAGUCCGCGUCCGCCGCCUCGGUGGUGGCCGCCGCCGCCGCCGCCAAGAACACCAGCAAGAACUCCAGCAUCGCCGACCUGAGACUGAAGGCCAAAAAGCACACGGCCGCGCUGGGACUGUGACGCCCGGAGGGAGGACGGACGGAGAGACACUGAAUUUUUACAAAGUGAAAAAGAAAACAACAAAAAAGGACAAAGUGAGAAAAAUUAUCCAUGGACGUUAUUUAUGUUUUUUUUUUCUUUUUAAAAAUGAAGGACGACGAGUAUAAAAAUAUAAAAUAUAGGCUAUUUAUGAGAUAAAGAAAAGAGACUGUGACGUGAUAGCCUACACACCACACACACACACGUUGAGUUUUUUGGACGCCAAACGGGAAAAAAAAAAGGAAAAAAAGCGGGUGGACAGCGAGGCUGCGCCGCCACAUGGCCGAGGAGGCCGCCGGGACACCCCGAGGAGGAGGAGGAGGAAGAGGAGGAUGCAGCUGGGUCGGUCGAUUCUUUGUCAAACAAGGCGAACCAUUCUGCAGUUGUUCAGUUUUAAUAUUCUAUUAUUAUUGUUCUGAUUUCAUUUUGAACCUAUAUAGAGGCUGGCCUCGGUAUAUUUCAAAAAAACACUUUUCUCUGUAAAAGGACAGAGCGGGAAUUCUGUGACAAAAAAAGAAAGGAAAAAAGAAAAGACAAUAUCUGAAAUGUUUCUCCCUCCUCUGUUUCUUCUUCAGCAGUGUUUGCAUGAGUUCACGGAUGACGUGAUGUGAGCCAUCCUCACCCCUCCCCCCUGUCUCUCUCUCCCCCCAGAGGAAGGGCAACUCUCACUUGAAUGUUUGGCCUAUUUGACCUCCUCUAAACACGUGUAGGCUAUGCUGAACUUUUUUUUUUUUUUUUUUUUUUUGUCAGGAUAACCCGAUCUAGUGUCCCAUAUUUCCAAGGUGAUUUGUCCCUCCUUCCAAAGGAGGGUAUUAUGUCAUAAACACCAUCAUCUUCAACACAGUGAACAAAAACACUCACAGUAACUCGAGGACUGUACGCGAACCGGUACGGGCACGUGUAAAAUAUGUUUAUACACAAGAAACAUGCAUUAUUUUUAUUAUUUAGUGGCUUUAUGAAUGCCUUGUGGGGAAUUUGUUUAUUUUGUAUUUUACUUUUAUUUCCGUGUAUUAAAAAAAUCAUGUGCUUUCUGUAUGUAAUUUUGAUGUUUUUAUAACAGUGGAAGUGAACUCACCUGAGGCACGGGUUUCUUAAAAAAAAGAAGAAUAUUCAUGAAAUUGUUUUACCUAUUUUUUUUUUCCAUCACAUGUGAAACGUGAAUCCACCUAAACAAAAAUGUUUUUCGUUCCUAUAAUAAAUUAACUAAAGUUUC